GAGAGAUUUGGCCGCAAUAUGAGUACUUUACAGCUGCAAGAUCAUAUAUAUUAGUUAAAGAAACAACGGUACUCCUUUAUGUUUGAAUACCCCUUUCUUCCCCUUUACUCUCAAUUUCACCACCCUUCUCUCCGUACACGAAACUUCAGUGUAAAUGGAUCAUGCCUACGACAUCACGGACUCGACAGAUUGGCUCGGCACGCCCCUCUCCCAGCUCGCCCGUGUAGAAUCCGCCCUACGAUGUCAAGUAUGCAAAGACUUCUUCGAUAAUCCCGUCAUCACCUCUUGUUCACAUACCUUCUGCUCUCUAUGUAUACGCCGAUGUCUAAGUACGGAGGGGAAAUGUCCCGCCUGCAGGACCGCGGAUCAGGAACUCAAGCUGCGAAGGGACUGGGCGAUGCAGGAGAUGGUAGACUCUUUUAAGCUGGCAAGACCUAGCGUUUUGGAGUUUGCGAGAACUGCUACUGUGAGAACGGAUGAGCCGGAGGAAGACCUCCAACUGCCUGCAGCGAAGAAGCGGAAGAUAGAUUCAGGGGUAUCUGCGCCGGAGAAUGGCAAUGCAGCGACCCGUGCUAAGGGCCGGAGAACACGUUCACAAAGUAGAAGAUCGGAGGAUAAAGGUCUGCAAACACAGGUGGAGGUUAUUGAAGAUACGGAGGAUGAGGAUUUGGAACGAGAUGAUGCCCUUGUUGCAUGCCCAGUCUGCCAGCGGAGAAUGAAAAAUGAGGCUGUAUUCGCCCAUUUGGAUAGUUGCACUGGCUCCUCAGAUCCACCGAAGCCGUCCGUAUCAUUUGGACCUUUACGAAGUCAUGCUCCAACAAAUACCCCAAAACGCCUCCCGACAUUAAACUACUCGCUCCUGAAGGACACAGUUCUGCGGCGAAAGCUCAAGGAGCUAGGAAUUGCCGACUGGGGUCCUAAACCCUUGUUACAAAAGAGGCACACGGAGUGGAUGAAUAUAUGGAAUGCAAACUGUGAUUCCAAGGUACCUAAAUCGAAACGGGAGCUAUUACGGGAACUCGAUAUCUGGGAGCGGACACAGGGUGGUCAGGCACCAACUGCUGGUAUCUCAACAUCUUCAGUAAUGCGCAAGGAUUUCGAUGCCUCCGCUUGGACGACAACGUAUGGUGACGACUAUAAGGCACUCAUUGCCAAUGCUCGCAGAAAAACGCAACAAAUGGUGCAGGUGGCUCAUUCCGAAACCGCUCUAACAACAGAUGAAGGCGCGGGAACCGCAGGCAAUGAACGUGAUCCAGCUAUAACCAAAUCAGCUCCACGUGACACUCGACAUGAGACUCAGGGAGUCGAGAGUGAAUCGAAAAAUGAUGCAAUUGGUGGUGCUGUGAAUGAGGUAAAUGGAGAGGAUCAAAGUGUGGGCAUGGAACUUGAUAGACAGAGAAUUUUAGAGGACGCUGUGGAGUGAUAUAUCUUUCUCCUUUUCGAGAUCGAAUGGUGUUCUAGUGGCGUUUUAAGGCUAACGAAUAAAUGUAUCCAAUACAUGGUACGAGCAGUAUUUGUCUCCCAAAAUUGUGCCAUUGCCUCCGGGGUAUCUAUUCUGCUAUAACCUGUUCAGCUUUCUGCGCCUCCGUAUUCUCCCUGUCUUCGAUAGACAUAUUUGAUAAUUUUCCAAUGCUAUCGUCAAGCUCGGAGUCGUAGUCUACUACCGUUGCAUUCUCUUUCUCAGCUUUACGCCGCGCUUCAGCUUCAAUCGCUGAUUUCUCGAAUCGUUCAAGCUCCGCCAAUUUUCGUUGCGUUGCUUCCGCUUCCUCAGCAUCGCGUGCUUCUCGUUCCUGUUUCUCCAUAGAGGCAAGCUCAUCGUCCAGCUCGUCUUCAUCAACUGCUUCUCCAGCCUCAUUGAUGAUAUUCCCAACUUCAUCGACCUUACUCAUCUCCUCUCGCAGCUCUUCCAGAACGUCUUCGACUCUCUCCACCCCACCGACUUGGGCAUGUAAGGAUCGAAGGGCGCCGGCGCUGGCUUCCAUGACUCGUACGAUAUCUAUCUGGUCUGCUGCCUGCUCCAGUUUCAUGUAGACUUCUUCGAGUUGGAGUAAAGUAUCUGUCCGUUGCUUGAGAUUGUUUUCUGCCAUCUUUUUGGACCUCAGUGCAGACAGAGCGACCACUCGGUUCUUGUUUGUCACUGCAUCCUUCGCUCUCAAUGACGAUUCCUUGAUUUUCGACUCGAGAAGUGCGACUUGUCCGAUCAAAUUUGAUAUUAACGUUUUCAAAGACGCGAUCGUCCGAUCUUCGUGUGUUAUUGAGUUAACGUUGUUUUUGGCGCUUUUAAAUUUAACCGUCUAAAUACUCCUCAGUUACGUAUUUAUCGAAAUACAAUAGAUGUGCAUACCUCUCCAUCAUAAAGAAUCGCGUUUUCAUCCCUAGAUAAGAAUGUCAGGAGGACAUCGACAUCCAAGUUUGAUAACACGGCUCCUCCACCUAUAUUUGCAAAUCGCUUCGUGAAAAGUUCUUUUGAGUAUAUAAGGUCGGUAUUUGACCUAUGGGAGCUUGAGGCUGUUGCAACGAUGCGUUUCCCAACUUCCUAGACACAUAAAUAUCAAGAGAUUCAGUUAGAGGAGUUUGACUCGGGAGUGGAGCUUGACUAAGAACAUAUUUCAAUGUGAAAAGCUGAGGAGAGUCAUUUCUAGUCAUAUAUACCUUUAAAUUAUCCACCAAAACCAAAUUCAUAACUUGUAAAUUUCCUGAUCCACCUGAAUGACCUUCGGAAUCGAAUAGGAAGGCCCUUAACUGCUUCAUACUCCAACCCAUAACUUGUGAUA